GGAAGAGAGAGAGAGAGAGAAAAGGACACGACGACGGCGCACGAAUUGACGGUCCACCCAUCGAUGCGCUCCACGCCCCCGCACUUUUCGACAAUGCAACAGCCGAUGUGACUCGUUGCGUGGACCGGCCGGUCCCACCACCCCAAAAGUAUGCCACACGUCAAUUUCUGCUUCGUCUGAAUCCCUGCCACAUCCGUGCUUCUUACCGUAAAUGCCUCAGUUGCUGAUUUAUGACAGUCUGCGCAUUCCCCAUCGGGUCCCACCGCCACCGGCCGCAACCGGCACUCCACCGGACCAUCCGGUACUUCCUGCGGGAGUUAGGGGACGGGGGAAGAAGUGACCAGAGAGAGCUGGUGCGGAGAAUACAGACACUACUCUCUCUCUCUCUCUCUCUCGGAAGGCGACGGAAAGCCAACCUCGUUUAUAUUCUCUUCUGAUAGCUACAGCUGUCGAUCUAUUUUUCAGAACUUUUUUAUCGGUUUGAGAUUUCUCGAGUACUUUGGCUGGGAAUCUGGUUUUGGGGAGUGGCGAUUUCUGAAAUGGUUGGUGUCUUUUUUGCCUAAGAGAAGUAUCAGGAAAAUUUUGACAGGAUUUGUGAUUCAAGAAUUCAAGAGUUCUUUAUUAUUCACUCCUGAAUUUAUAAUGAUAUUAUCCUUAGCGUGUGACACUCGUUUGAAUGCCUAUUGUUGCCUAUAUAUUGCGUAAAACAGAAUGAAACUAGAAGAUUUUCCUAUUUUUACUGAGAUGAAAGGCGGGAUUCCUUCAUUUGCUGGAGUUGAAGAACUAGUUUCUGCGAUGCAAAAGCAAAAAGACUCUUUACAGAAAGAGUCCAGUGAAAGAGCAGCAGAAGUGUCUGUAGGUACUAAAUCCCAUCAUUCGUACCUUACCCGAUGCUCUGAUAGCACCCAUGUGGAAAAUAACACAAAAUUCAUAAAAUCAAAUCUGGCCUUAACUGCAAGUUCUUCAAAUUCUACUUGUGUUGAUGAAGUAAGGGAUUGUAAUUCAUCAGGCUCAUCUCUUGUGCUCGAUUCUUGUCAAGAAAAGUUUUUUACUGUGUCAUGCCUUGCAGUAGAAUCGGAUCAUGAAAGAACUUACAGUUUUCACACAGCCUUCCAAUGGGAUGAUAAUAUACAGGAUUCUGCAGCUGGUGAUGUCCAAGUUGGUUCUCUCGAGAUAGAGAAGGAAACAAACAUGAUGGAAGGUUACAAAUGUACCUCCCUUCAAAAAGGAACUUUUGAUCAUUCAUCAUCUUCUACACUAUCUACUUCCAUGCCUCUAGAGGAGGGCUUGGUUGAUAGAGAGGGUGAAUUGUCUGGUUUGAUGAAUGUGGAAUACCAAGAAAAAAGCCCUCAAUGUCAGAUCUCAGAAUCUUUCAAAACCUCCGACGAAACAAGUAGUGACAGUCAAGAGAUUGCUGUUCAUGUGAACCUAAAGGCAAGCUUGCCCGCCGAGUCACCAAACCCUGUUGAUUCUCAUCUAUUGGGCCUUGAGGAUGAAGAGAUGGAUGCAUUGGAGGUUGCUAGGCAAGUUGCCAUAGAUGUGGAACUUGAAGUUAUUGGAUAUAAAGAACAUUUUAGCAACUCCCCUGAUGACUCUUGUGGAGAAGCAACUGGUGCCCAAAGUCCUGAUUUGGCUGAUGGCAUUAAGUAUAAACCAGGAAUUGAUCCUGGAAAUUUUUUACCCAGUGAACACUCUUCCAAAUAUGUAUUCAGCCGGAAGAGUGAGUUGCAACUUUCAGAAGGCUUUAUUGAUGAUCAAAUGGCACAAAAGGAAGUUUCAGAAUCACCAAGAAUGAUGCCAGCUGCUAAAGAACAGGAUUUGAAUGUAGAGAAUAGCCAGUACAGAUUUGAUCUGAAUGAGGACAUCUACAAAGGGGAAAUAGAGUGCUCAGCCAGUCCCAUUUCUACUGGCACGGCCAAACUUUCAACGCCUAUAGUUGUGUUUGCUUCAAAAGGAGUUCCGAGAUUGCCAGUUUUGUCAAUUCAAUUUGGAACUGAAUCAGGAUGGAAGGGCUAUUCUUCCACCAGUGCAUUUCAGCCCAUAUCUCCUCGAAAAACACCAAGGAUUGUGAAGUUGCCUGGCCCAAAGCAAAAGCUGAACUUUCUUGAAAUUGAUUUGAAUGUGAAUGGCAUUGUUGAUACAGCAUUGUUAAGACAAAUUCCUGUCUCCUCAAGCCAUCCUCCAAGGGAAUCUGCCAUAAAAGUUAGCUCAAGAAAUGUGGAGAAGCUGAAAUUAGAUCUUAACCGCAUUGGGGAUGAGGAUGAAGCAGUUAAAUUCUCACUGAACUACGGACUCCAGCUUCAUGAUGUGGAUCACAGCUUCUCUGCUGCUUCCUCUUCUUGCUCAAAACAACAUUACACGAGGGAUUUCAACUUGAAUGACAAUCCAACCAUCCUCUUCGAUGGAGAUGCAUCAUCUUUCCAUGGCAAAUCAACUUCUAAGCAUUUUCCUGUAGAUAGAAAGCUUUGCAAGGGUCAAGCACAACAGGAACCUUUCCUCAACAAUGGAGCUGCCAAACCUCCGAUCAGUCCUGCUUAUGGAUGCAAUAUCUUACAGGCCGGAGCUGCGAUCGCCGUGCCGCCAACUUUUCUCUGCAAACCAGGAAGCAUACCAUACAUGGUUGAUUCCAGAGGUGCCGCUCUGAUACCUCAGGUGACUGGAAUGAGCAACAUUAAAAGGCAAGUACCAGUUGUUAUGGAUGUGCCUGGAGCUCCUGUGGGAUUAAGUGGAUUCUUUCCUACUGUAACUCGGCUGGCGCCAUGUGAGACCGGAAGAAGAAAUGUGGAUGCAAAUUUCAACCAUCUGCUCAUACACAAUGGUAAACCAGAAGAAAAACUGAGAAAUUCUUUUCAGCUUUCUAGUUUGGGGAAAGUUCUUAAAAGGAAAGAACCAGAAAGUAGUCUGGAAGGACGUUUUCCACUUGGAUUUAGACAAAUGCCUUUCUGGAAGUAGGUCUUAUAUCUUCAUAUUGAUGCCUUGAGGGAUCUUAAAUGCGUUUGGUUGUAGGAUUCGCCAUUAUUUUGGAUGGGAAAAGGUAGCCAUGGGAGAAUGGCAGUUCAUAAAUAAUAGCUCGUUUGAGACGGUUUUUUUAUUGCUUCUUAAAGCAUCUUUUUAGUACAAAAUUUUUAAUUUUUGUAUUAGAAUACUAUUUUAAGCAGCAGUAAAAAAGACGUCCCAAACGAAGCUUACGUUCCAAACGAAGCUUACGGCUAUUUAUAGAUAGGUUAACUAUAAGCAAUUGUCUCUACCAGAAAAUUUUAGUAAUUGAUGAUUUGUUUCUCAUGUAAGCAAAUUAUUGGUGAUGGAAGCUUUUUUAUUGUACAUCAUUGGUCGAUUAAGUUCUUUAA